AUGUCUGACGAUAAAAUUGCAAGUGAUCCACUUGAAAAUAAAGAAACGUUAGAAGAGUUAUCGUCUGAUGUAACAAAGAAAGAUAUAACAGCUACAAUGAAGUAUGAUAAACAUCGUAGAUUAACUAUGAAGCCCUCUAGUAAUCGAUAUAAAAGAUCUGAUGAUAAUAAAUCAUCAGACGAAGGAUCAUCUUAUGGUGAACCUGAAGAAGAAGAUACUUUUGAUACAUUUAUUCUAAAUAAUUUUAGUCCGUUUUCCGGAAAUGAGAAUGUGAUUGAAUGGUUAGAUAUUACUGAUAAGAAGUUCAAUACUUUUAAAAUUUCACGUAAACAUCGAUGUCUCGCAAUUCCUUUGCUUGUCGAAGGAGAUGCUAAACGAAUAUAUAUCGAGAAUGAGAAUAAGAUAAAUACGUAUGAUGAUUUCUAUAAAUUGAUAUGGAUGGAAUAUAAACCUAUCAAUUAUAAUUUUCAACACACAAAAUCGUACUCUGGUCCACCAACAUUAAGUCAGAGUAAUUUAAUCGAGGAUGCGUCUAUACGAAAGAAUGUUGUUUUCGAUGAUAAACCGAAAAUGACUACUAGUACCUUUGAAUUAAAUGAUAGUUUACCGCAACCUCCAAUUUUACGUUCAACUGCAUUACAUGAUCUAGGAGCCACCGGUUUAUCCGGUGAUGAUCCUGUUAAUCGAUCAAAUGUUGCAAUAUCCCAGAAUACAUUUCUUAAUUCUAGUAUUCUUGAUCAAACAGCUUAUGCACUUCGUCGUGCAAUCGUUGAUAGUACUGAUAGUCCCGAUAUGAUAAGUUUUGAAUGUGAAACACCUCUAUUCUGCUCAAAGGCUGUUGUUGAUUUUGGUGCCACCAAUGCUAUUGGUGAGAAACCAGCUAUGAAAUUCAUGACAGUUAGUUCUGAUCCAUCUAUAGUUACUUUUGAUCUAAUUCGAAACGAGCUUCCUCGAGAGAUCGUAGAAAGCUCGAUGAAAAACUCCAUGAAAUUACAAGGUGGCCAAAAUUACAUGUUAAAACGGGUCCACCUAAUUGAACACGUUGCACAUUUGGUAACCAUUCCGAAUUCUAAUCAGUUAGAAUUACUUUCUUAUGUGUUACGAAGAGAUGUUCCUCAAUGUCAUAAAAAUAUUACAAGUAUGUAUAAUUCAAGGAAAAAUUUCCUUUAUAAAAAAAGAAAGAAAAAUCAACUUUUAAACACAAAUGCUUAUGGGAAAAAUAGCUAUAAAAAAUGGCUUUGAACUCAUCCUUAUGAACAUUCGUUUUAUUAAUGUUCAUCAUCUUUGGUUUUCUUUGUAUAUUUAUGUUUGUUAUAGUUAUAUUUUUUUUGUUUUUGUUAUAUUCAUGAAGACUUGUUUGUCUGUGGGCCUUUUUUUUGGUCAAUAUGGUUGAUGUUAUCUCUUCUUUUGCUUCUCUUCCCCUUUUAACUCAAGGCUUUACCUAAAGACGUUUUUUUGUAAAGAACUUUUUUUCCAGUGGUAUCUUUCCUAACUCUUCUUUUCCUAUGCUGUUUGUUGACGUGUAUGUGUGAGUGUUUCAGAGAGGAUCUGUGUGAACAUGCGUGAGAGUGAUUUCUGUGAGAGUGCGUGAGUCAGUUUUCUCUAUUUUGUUUUUCUUCUUCUAGUGACUAAAGUGGUUUUCUUUCCAGCCCACACAGUGGUGGAGGCAGGAGUUUCUUUUCCCCAGAUUCGUUUUUGCUAAAGGGGGAAGGUGUUAGCGUCAACAGAUGACACUAUGUUGCCGCUAACUAAUUUAGUCACUGUCCUUUGGUCAUUUUGUUUUGUCCUUCCUUCCAUAUAUAAUUUGUCUUCCUGUCGUUUAUUUUUUUUCUCUCUCUCUCUCCUAUAUAUAUGCUUUCAUUAGUUAUCAUUACAGGUCAGUUGAUUAUCUUGUUGUUAUCAUUCAUCCUUCUGAACAACAUCUCUUUUCUC